GUAUUAGCUCCUUUGAAAGAGGGCUCACUCCAUUAUGUAUCCAUUAGAGCCAAGCCUUGCUUCUAUAGUCCCCAUGGGCCAUGGCAGGGGCAGACUGACAACUCAUGGGGCCCCUGGGCAAUAGCGGAUCAUGGGGCCCCUUGUCCUUGCCCACACUAAAAAGAACACCCAAAAAAGCCUAUAAAAGGUACCAGGGGCAGUUCAUGGGGCCCCCUACUGACCCCAGGCCCUAGGGCAGUGCCCGAGUGCUCGAAUGGUCAGUCCACCCCU